CAAUGACAUAGCCCCAGCAGUCAGAAGAAGGAGGGUUUUUAGAAGUAAAUCUGGUAGAACUUCUAGUCAUUUCAAUACUAGUGCAACUCGUCCCACUAGUAUGCCUUUAGGGCGUAAGCUGGGAGAAUCUAUGGUGUUUAGUCAAACUGGAGUUCCCAUUAAAGCGCGUGAAGAACCAAGUAAUCCACUUCCUAUUAUCCCUUUAUCCUUAUUAUCACUCUCGAUGUUGAGUGAGUUCUUAUCAGCAUCAGUUGCAGCCCCUUUUAUAUUUGUAAUGGUCUCAAAGUUCUCAAUUACGCACAAUGACGAAAGCCUUGUUGGCUAUUACACUGGUAUACUAGGUGCGGCUUUCUUCCUCUCUCAAUUCGUUACUGCUCUUAUGUGGUCCAAUAUUGCGGACAGAUAUGGUAGGAGAGUUACUUUAUUCGUUAGUUUGUUCGGAAACGCUCUAGCCACUAGUCUGUUCGGUACAUGUCAAUCUCUCGGUGAAGCAAUAUGCGUCAGGAUGCUUCAGGGUCUUUUUAGUGGUGCAGUCGGUGUAUCAAGAUCUGCAGUAAAGGAUAUUACUGAUAGUACAAAUGAAGCAAAAGCAUAUGCUAUCCUUUCAUUCAGUUGGGGUGCUGGCUCGAUCUUUGGUCCUAUAAUUGGUGGUAUUUUCGAGAGUCCCACUGUUAGAUAUCCGGGUUUGUUCCCAGCUGAUAAGCAUCCUUUCUUCGACAAAUACCCUUACGCAUUACCAUGUUUUGUCGCAGCUAGUGUCUUGCUCUUCGGUAGUAGUCUCACAGCACUCGUCAACAGAGAUGGUGGAUCGCUCUUCAAUUCAAUUAGUUUACCUGAUAAUUCAACGACUAUAAAGGAGAGAAUUGUUACCUUCUUUAAGUCAUUCAAGAGUGGUCAGUUGAAUGAAGAAACUCCAAUUUCACCGCUUCAAGAUAUUCAUUCCAGAUACCCAUCUUACAUUGAAAGCGAUGGGCAAGCCGAAUCAUUGAGACAGCCACAACCUAAGCAAAGUCGCUCAUUUGCACAAAGAUUGCUCCUAGCACAGGAAGAGAAUGUCGUGUCUAUCACUGAUUUAUGGGUUCAAUCAGCUUUAACGAGAGAAGUAGAAAGAUACAAUCACGAAGAAGAAGCUGAAGAUAUUGCAAUAGAAGAGGAAGGUGAUCAAAGUGGUUUAGGAUCACCUAAUCCAAGCGGUUUUGCAUCUCAUUAUGAAGACGAUGAUGAUGAUCAUUUGGACAAUAACACUAUCGAUUUAACCAACCCAUCUGAGAGGGAUGUCGAGGAAUUAUCUAGUAGCGCUUCUAUCAGACCAUCGGCUUCUACGGGUUUCAGAAAUAGUUUCAGAAGGAACAGCGCAGGUCUUGGUUUUAGUAGACCUAGUUCGCUUGUUGAUAGAGGCGAUAGAUUAGGUGAAGAAAACCUUGCAAAAUUGGGAUCAGUUCCACGUAUACACCAGCUGGGUAUGACUGCAGCCAGACCAAAAUCUAUCCUUGACAAUGUUGGUCUUUCGUCUCAGAAAAGUUGGAUUGGUUUGGAUGAACAAUUUGAUGAUCUUGAAGGUGGUAGUAGUAGAUUAGGAGCUAUACCAGAACAAAAUCAACCAGCGAUCAUCGAAGAAAAACCAGUUGAGAUGACACUAAUGAUCAAACUUAUACUUUUCCAGUACUCAUUCUUAGCAUUGCAUAAUACAACAUUCGAUCAAUUAUUCACCACAUUUCUUUUAACAGAUUAUACCAGUGGUGGAUUAUCAUUGACACCUUCACACUUCUCGACACUUAUAGCUAUGAUGGCUGGAAUCAACAUCUUCUAUCAAUUCUAUUUAUAUGGAAAGAUAGGACCACCUAAUGGUCAGCUGACGCAUUUGCAAAUGUUUAGAAUAGCUUCACUGAUUUACAUUAUGACCUAUGGAGCUGUACCUUUUGUCAGGAAGUUGGCACGACCAGAGUCUGAAUCUGAUUUGCUAGUCAUGUCAGGACUGGCUAUUUUGACUGCAAUUAGAUAUGCAGCGACAACGGCAGCAUAUACAAGUAUUACUAUAUUAAUCAAUGUGAUGUCACCACCUUCAAUAUCUGGAUUAACCAACAGUUACGGACAAUCGGCAGUUAGCUUAUCACGAUUCCUAGGGCCAAUAUUUGGAGGAUACCUAUGGAAGACGUUUCUAACUGGAGACAUUGAUGGAUAUAGAUAUGCAUUCUGGUUAGUUAGCGUAAUGGCUGUCAUAGCAUUCCUACAAUCAUUUUUAGUUAGAUAAGGAACUUGUAGUUAAUUUAAUUUAUAUAACUUCUCUUUAAA